CGACACUAUGCAGCUCCCUUAUCCACUGCCAGCAUCUUACCCAACCAUCUUUCGAGGCAAAAUGAAGCUCACCUAGAACACAACUCCUUUUUUCUCCUAGUUUCAGAGCAGCGAUGCAGGCAACUAUGGGUUUCUCGGUACUCAGGCCACAGAUUCACAGUCCUGCUCUUCAUUCAACAAAAGCGGAUUUGUUCUCCCUCCCAAGAGCACUUAAUAAGUUGCAAAACUCUUGGUGGAACACUAGCUGGUCUCAGAGUGAAAGGAAGAGGGGCAGAGGAACCGCUUCAUGGAAGGUUAAUGCUUUCCCUGAUUGGCCUCUUAUGGCCAUCAUGAUGGAACAUGUGCCCUAUUCGAGAGACUAUAUAGUCCACAAGUCAGUUUGGCAUCUCAAUGAUGAAACCAUGAAAAACGUUUAUACCAUGUACAUCAUGUUCACCUGCUGGGGCUGUUGUUUCUUUGGAUCCACAAAGGAUCCAUUUUAUGAUGGAGAGGAAUACAGAAAAGAAGGAGGAGAUGGUUCUGUUCACUGGUAUUAUGACAAGCAAGAAGAAAUUGAGGCGGCUGCAAGAGCAGAACUAUGGAGAGAGGAGUUGAUUGAAGAAAUCGAGCAGAAGGUCGGAGGUUUGCGUGAGCUCGAGGAAGCUGGCAAGGAAGAGGAACUUGUUCAGUGAAAGAUGGCAUUGAUCUAAUGCUCUAUCACUCUCUCGUGGAGCAAAAAAUUGUCAUGAAAAUGAAUUUUAGGCAUAGACUAUUUUUACUUUCAUCUUCAUUCCUUAGAAAUGAUAUUUGAUGUAUAUAUAAAGAAGCAAUAGCUGGCAUUUUAACACUUCAUUGAGAGCACCAAA